GUUGGAGGCGCUGGGGCUCAUUGGGCAGCAGCAGGGGCAGGGGCAGCAGCGGGCGGCUGAGGUGGUGUGGGAGGGGAGCGAGGUCCUCACCAGAGGCGGGUCGGCAGCGACAGCAGCAGCGGCUGCGCGUGCGGUGCCGGGCGGCGGUGCGGCAGUGGGUGGGGGGUGGCAGCGGGGGUGGACGGUGCAGCUGUCACCCCGCGUGCUGCUGCUUCCGCCGCACGCGAGGGCCACCACAGCGGCGCCUGCGGCACACGCGGCGCCUGCCGUGGUGCCGCAUGUAGACACGGAGGAGGGGCGGCUGGCGGGCGGGGCGGGCAGCUGCACGCACGCUGCUGCUACGUCUGCUGCCGCUGCCGCCGCUGCUGCCGCCCCGGCGGUGGCCACACUGCGGCUGCGGGUGGCCCUCGGUGGCUGCAGUGGGCGACAUCAGCAGCAGCAGCGGUGCGGGUGUGUGGAUGGAGUGGGUGCGGUGGGUGCUGCCCCUACCCCUGCCCCUGCUGCCGCCCCCCCGCCGGUGCAGCUGCUGGUGCGCUCCGGCAACCGCUACCUGCCGGCGCGAGUGACGGCGGGGCGAGCGGUGCGGGAGCAGCCUGCUAGCAGCUGCUGCGGGGCCUGCCCGGGUGGCGGCGGCGUGUCCUCCUCUCUCUGCACCUCCUCCUCCUCCCCCUCCUGCUCCCCCUCCUGCGUGUGGGAGUACGCGGUGGAGCUGCUGGCGCUGCCGCCCCGCCCGGGCACCGUGCUGCUGGAGCUGAGCUGCCCAGCACCACCACCAUCUGCACCCGCCUCCUCUGCACCCGCCUCCUCUGCACCCGCCUCCUCUGCACCCGCCUCCUCUACCUCCCGUACCGACCCCAGCAGCCCUAGCCGCAGGGAACACACCAGCAGCUGCAGCUGCAGCGGCCCCUGCGGGGGCGAGUCACGGGGCUGCUGCAGCCGCCGCCACGUCACCCUGCUGCCGCUGCUGGCCACCUCCGACCCGCGGGUCGCUCGGGAGCUGCUGGCCGCCACGUCAACCGCCGCAUCAGCAGCAGCGGACAGCAGCGCUGAGGGGGAGGAGGGUGAGGCCGGCAGCAGCAGCAGCAGUCUGGAUGACUUUCUGUACGACAUGGGCUCAUGUGCCGCUGCUGCUGCUGCUGCUGCUGCUAGAGGUGCUGCUACUGGCGAGGAGGAGGAGGGGGACCGCUGUCAUGGUGCGGGUGGCGGUGCUGGCGGCGGUCGCAGCAGCCAGCCGCCCGCCAGCCCUGCCGGGGUGCUAACCGCCCACCUGCUGCGGCACGCGGAGGCUGCGGGCUGGAGCGCCACUGCGGCGGCACUGAGGGCGGAGGGGCGGAGGGGCGGCCGGCAGGGCCGGCAGGGGCACUGCAGCACCGGGGCCACCACGGUAGCAGCAGCGGGGGCAGCAGCACCGGGGCCCGCCGGCAGCUCCGUAUUCGCCUGCGUGGUCUCCGAGGGCGGGACAGGGACAGGGGGUGGUGGUGUGGCGGUGGAGGCGGUCUUGGAGUCGGGUGGUGGUGGGCUGGCUUGCGCUGGGUGAGGUGGGGGGUGAGGUGGGGGGAGUUGGAGGGGGCUGCUAGCUGCUGCACUGGAGGGGCUGUGGGGGCUGGAGGUGGGGGCUGACGGGUCGCUGCAGGGCGGAGGCGCAUGCGGUGGUGCUGCUGGUGGUGGUGCUGGUGGUGGCGGUGGUGCUGCUGCUGGUGGUGGUGGUGGUGCUGGUGCUGGUGCUGGUGCUGGUGGUGGUGGUGCUGCUGGUGGUGGUGGUGGUGGGCUGUGUGCUGUCGGGUUGCGAGGCCCUGUGCUGUCGGGACACCCGCUGCCGUCCGCACUUGGUGGGUGGGUGCGGGGUGUCGGCCGAGGGGCAUGAAAAAGGAGGACGGCGAGGUGUAUGUGGACGGCGAGUGAUGUGACUGACUGCCGGGCUGAGGGAGGGGAGAUGAGGGAGGGGAGCUGAAGGGGCCGUGUGUGUGGGGCUGGCGGGCUGGCGGGCUCGCUCGAAUGCAAGCAGGCAAGCAUGCAUGCCGCCGCGCAUGGGAGAUAGCACGACGCCUGAGGGCGGGAGUCGUAAGGAGAAUGGUCUUGAGCUGCUCCUAAUAAAACACCAUUUAUACCGCCCUAGACACCGCAUAUCAUCAUGCGUUUCAUGGCUGCCGGCAUCACGAGGACCGAACUGUUAGGACGGAGGCUAGCAUGGCUUUGGUAUCGGUAUGGCAUGGUUUCGGAGUCAAAUAUCCCGAUAGAAUUGAAGAGAUUGUGUGGAUUGCAGAGCUGCACUGCAUCCACGGUAUGGCGGUGCUGACGUGGUUGGCAGGGUGGAGGACAUCGUUGGGCGCGCGGUGCCGGGGCCGGGCACACGUGCGGCGCCUGUAGACUUGUUGAAAACGUUGGGAAUGGGAAUUCCCGCUUCUUACACGUACAUUGGUACAUGAGUGGCGGCGUUUAGGUUGUGUUGCAGGACUGACGAGGGGAAGUUGGCAGGGGUUCAGCGUUUGGCGACAGGGCUCAGCACCGGGGCGGGUAUUGCGUGAGGCAGACCUGUGCCUGCCUGUAGACUUAGAUACUGCGUUGGAUUCGUACGCACAUAGUGGCGCCGGUCGGCACUGUGGCGCAGGGGCAUGCUGGUUGGGUAUCCAUGGGCCAGCUUUGAACACUCCUAGUGGGAUGAUGAAGGCCCCAACGGCCGUGGAUGCGGCUUUUGGGUGCACAGGAACGCAAACCUUACGUUGGUGCAUCGUCGUUUGUUGUGAUGAUUGAUAUAUAGCAUGUAGUUGUACCUCCUAUUGCAAAGUGUUGGAAGCGGGGAUAUCCUCCUUGCUUUACGAGAGUCCUAGGUCCUGAAUGGUUUGUCGCUGCGAAGGGCUGAGUGCCGGUUAGGAAGCAGCGCGGCUCUUGUCGGCACGACCGGGCUGCGGGUUGUUGUUGCUGCAUGUACAUGCGUGUGUGGUCAGUGCUGGCUGUGGUUAAAGAUGUGUGGGUUAGGAGGCGUGCAGUCGUGUGUUCGCUGUUAGGAGGGCAGCUGGGAAGAGCUUGAGCGUAGCCGUGGAGGAGUGAUUCUAGGAGGGCACGGAGGCGGGGGUGGUGGAAUUCGGCAACAACAACUUUACAGCAGCUGCGCAACAGACGUACUGUAUGUGUUGUGGCCGCGAGGCGAAACGUACUAUAUGUGUAUGUCUGCUACCCGCGAUCUCCCUCUGCACUCAGCUUUGCAAGGUGUAACUGGUCUAACAACCCGCAACAGCGGCCCUCCGCAACUCCUGCAUGAAUGAUAAAAUGUGCACCCCACUGCAAUGCUAGGCAACCGGCAACACACUAGUGCGCUAAACAAGAACCAACCAUAAGUACAU